AUGGCGAAAUCCUCGGAUGCUGUGGCGACCAAGCCUGGGUCGAAUUCUCCCUACCAGCUCGACUCCAAGCAGACUUUGCGCGCCGCGAAGGCCCUGACCGCACACAUCAAGUCCUCCGAGAGCACCAAGGCUGCCGAAUCCACCAAGAAGAACCUCCUCGAAGACGACGCUUCCGACGACAGCGAUGCCGCUACCGACGGCCAGGUUCCCGUGUGGCUGAUUGUGACUACCAAAAAGCACAUCGUUGACAAGAAGCGCCUGAAGCCGGCCAAGAUCCCGCUGCCGCACCCUCUGCCCGCGCCUGGUCAGAGGAUAUGUUUGAUCACCGCAGACCCCCAGCGCUCAUACAAGGACCUGAUUGAAGAAUCCGCUUUCCCUCAAGAAUUGCGCGAGCGCAUUGGCCGCGUCAUUGGCUACUCUAAGCUCAAGGCGAAAUACAAGACUUAUGAAACCAAGCGCCAGCUCUACGCCGAGUAUGACAUUUUCCUGGCCGACGAUCGCAUCAUCACUUACCUGCCGACGGCUCUCGGCAAGGUUUUCUACAAGAACACGGCGAAGCGUCCUAUCCCUGUUCACUUGAUGGGCAACGAAAAGGUGCAGAAGGACGCUAAUGGCAAGAAGCCGAAGAAGACCAGCGAGGACAAGAGCUCUACCAUCGUCGGCUCGGCCGCCGCCGUGGCGAAGGAUAUCCAGAAGGCCCUGGACUCGGCGCUCGUGCACUUGAGCCCAACCGCAAGUACUGCCAUCCGCGUCGCAAACGCAAGCUUUGAGCCGAAGCAGAUUGCGGAGAACCUGGAGGUCGUCGUCCAGGCACUUACCUCGCAGGAGAAGCUGAUUCCCAAGGGCUGGAAGAACAUCCGCUCGCUCCACAUCAAGGGUCCGGCAACGACUGCUCUGCCCAUCUGGAUGGCCGAUGAGCUGUGGGUGGACGAGCAGGACGUGUUGGACGAGAAGCACAAGCCUGUUGACAAGUCGGAGAGGUUGAAGAUCAAGGAGGAGGAGCAGAGCAAGAAGCGGAAGCCACUUGAGGACACGAAGGAGGAAAGCAGCGACAAGCCAGCCAAGAAGUCCAAGAAGGACAAGGCGCAGGGUGCCGACCUGAGCAAGGAAAUUGCUCUGCGCAAAGAGACGCUGCGGAAGCAGAAGAAGGCAGCUAAAGCCGAAGCAUAG